GUCGCAACGGACAGCCAAACCCUCCGCCAUCCACCACUCCCUACACUAUUCCCCCGCUUGGCACCCGGCGCUGCCUUCAUGAUUCCCGGAUAACCACCACUUGCACCAUGCCCAAGGUCAAUUACAGGGCCAAGCUCGCAGAGCUUGCCGCUCUGCGACAGUCCGGCAAGAAGGCCUUUGAUUCGUACCAAGUCGAGGACACCGACGCCCUUUACGAUGAAGUGGAUGAAGCCGGCUACAAGAAGAUUGUCCGUGACAGGCUGAACGAAGACGACUUUGUAGUGGACGACAACGGCGAGGGCUAUGCCGACGAUGGCCGGGAAGAAUGGGAUCGUGUUCGCCAGUACGACUCGGACAGCGAGACGGAUCAGCUGCCUGCUCGUGGAAGGCCGAGCAAAGCCUCCAAAAAGAGCCGCGAUGACGACCUGGCCAAGCGGGAUGCCAACGAUCGAAACAUCAGCGAGUACUUCACCAAAGGAGCUGGCAAGCUGCAGCCCAAGCCUAGGGUUGCCAAGACCAAGGCAGACACAGACUUCCUCGCAGGUCUCCUCGACGAAGUCGACGCCAACAUACCUCCACCCGAGCCUAGGCAGACAAAACCCGAGAGGUCGGGGGACCGUCGCAAGUCUCGCGCUUUGUCGCCUGUGGCUGAGCCGACCUUGAAAAAGCAGAAACGACUCGACACCCGGCUGCCCUCCUCCCCACUGCCUCCUAAUCUGAACGACGAUGAUGGCUUCAUGCCAAGCAUGGAUGAUGAGCCCAUGAGUACAGACAAUGUUCCCAUGAGUGACCCUGCGCCAUCAUCUCCUGCAGCCAAAGUAGCUGAGCGAAAGGCCCAGCUCAAGCAGGAGCCUCAGGAUGACGACGACGAGGACAUGAUGGAGGUGGCCCAUGCCGGCGCUGUCAAGUCUGCAAGCGUUAACAUGGCAGGGGCUCGGCCCGUCAAGAAAUUGCUCAAGCCUGAGCCGUAUCCUUCGCCGGCAAGCUCGUCGCCUUCGAAGGCUGCCGCCGACGUUGUGGAUUCAUCUUCCUGGAACGAUCUCACGGAAAAGCUCAACGUUGUUAGCAGCUCGCCCACCGACACUCGGGGAAUCGGCAAAAUUGACCACAACGAUGCGAUUGAAGCAGACGGAAGCCUCAAUUUCUUUUGGACAGACUAUACCGAGAUCAACGGGAGCCUGUGCCUAUUCGGCAAAGUCCUGAACAAGAAGACCAGAUCCUAUGUCAGCUGCUUUGUCAAAGUCGACAACAUCCUGCGGAAGCUUUACUUCCUGCCCCGCCAAUCUCGCCUGAAAAAUGGGCAAGACACUGGCGAAGAGGUCGGCAUGAUGGACGUAUACGAGGAGGUCGAUGCCCUCAUGACCAAGAUGAGGGUUGACAUGUACAAGAUCAAGCAAUGCACUCGCAAGUACGCUUUUGAAAUGCCUGGCAUCCCCAAAGAGGCUCAGUACAUGAAGCUUCUCUAUGGGUACACAAAGCCCGAGAUCCAAUCGAACCAGUCUGGCGAGACCUUUUCACACGUAUUUGGCACCAACACGGCCCUAUUUGAGCAAUUUGUUCUCUGGAAAAAUAUCAUGGGACCUUGCUGGCUCAAAAUUCAAGAUGCCGACUUCGGCGCCAUCAAGAAUGCUUCCCAUUGCAAACUUGAGGUUCUCGCGGAGCACCCUAACAUGGUUUCUACAAUCAGCGACUCUGACAACCUGGACGCUCCACCGCUGACCCUGAUGAGCAUCGCUCUUCGGACGGCUUUUAAUGCAAAGGAGAACAAGCAGGAGAUUCUCGCCAUCAGUGCACGGAUCUACGACAAAGUUCUCCUUAGCGACACCACGCCCGCGGAAAAGAUGCCGUGUCGUACUUUUACGGCUAUCAGGCCGCACGGCCAGGGUUUUCCACUCGGUUUCGAGCAACUUGCUCUGAAAAGGAACAGGGGCCUUAUCAAAUUGCAGAAGACGGAGUCCGAUAUUCUGAGCUUUUUCCUCGCUCAGGUUGACGUUGCCGACCCCGACGUGAUUCUUGGUCACCAACUGGAGGGCGUUGACUACAGCGUCCUCCUGAAUCGCCUUCAUGAGAGGAAAAUCAACCAGUGGUCGAGACUUGGGCGAUUUAGAAGGACGCAGUGGCCAGCUUCCAUCACGAAGGUCGGCGGUAAUGUUUUUGCAGAACGUCAAAUCAUGGCCGGUCGGUUGCUUUGCGAUCUCGCCAACGAUGCUGGCAGAUCGGCCAUGUACAAAUGCCAGACGUGGAGCUUGACAGAAAUGUGCAGUCUCUACCUACCUGGAGACAACAGGCGACGAGACAUCGACAACGAAGUCGCUCUCAGGACAUGGGCCAAGGAGAAACAAGGCCUGAUGGACUACGUUACCCACAUGGAAGCAGACACUCAUUAUAUAGCUGCCUUGGCCCUCGGUGUCCAGCUUCUGCCCCUCACUAAGGUCCUUACCAACCUGGCAGGCAAUUCUUGGGCCCGUACCUUGACAGGCACCAGAGCUGAGCGAAAUGAGUUCAUUCUGCUUCACGAAUUUCACCGAAACAAAUACAUUUGUCCGGACAAGCAGACAUUUCGCGGCCGACAAAAGGUUGAGGAAGAGAAUCGCGACGAAGACGGCGGAGAGGGCAAGAAGAAGGACAAGUACAAGGGUGGCCUCGUCUUUGAACCCGAAAAGGGCCUGUACGACAAGUUUGUGCUCGUCAUGGACUUCAACUCGCUUUACCCAUCUAUCAUCCAGGAGUUCAACAUUUGCUUUACUACAGUGGACCGCACUGCAUCGGUUGGUGACGACGAUGCUGUUCCCGAAGUGCCCGUGAACCAGGAACAGGGCAUUCUACCUAGGCUGAUUGCAACUUUAGUUGGUCGUCGUCGCCAAGUCAAGUCACUCAUGAAGGACAAAGGCGCCACGCCCGAACAGCUCGCGACUUGGGAUAUUAAGCAACUGGCCUUGAAGCUCACCGCCAACUCCAUGUACGGUUGCUUGGGCUACACCAAGUCUCGAUUUUAUGCGCGGCCUUUGGCAGUCCUCACAACCUAUAAGGGCCGUGAGAUUCUUCGCAGCACCAAGGAACUUGCCGAAAGCAAGUCCCUUCAAGUUAUUUACGGUGACACCGACUCGGUAAUGAUCAACGCCAACGUCGACAGCAUUGCCGACGCGUUCAAGGUCGGCAACGAGUUCAAGAAAGCAGUCAACGACCAGUAUAGACUCCUAGAGAUCGACAUCGACAACGUCUUUCGGCGCAUCCUACUUCAAGCGAAGAAGAAGUAUGCUGCCAUCAAUCUGGUUGAGAAAGACGGCAAGUACAUUGAAAAGAUGGAGGUCAAAGGACUGGAUAUGCGGCGUCGCGAAUACUGCGCUCUAUCCAAGGAGAUCUCAAAACACCUCCUGGACGAGAUACUUUCUGGGGACGAGGCCGAGGUGGCUGUGGCGCGCAUCCAUGACUACCUGCGUGACAUCGCCAGCAAGAUGCGUGAGCAGGUCAUUCCGACGCCGAAGUACAUCAUAUAUACGCAGCUUGGCAAGGCUCCCGGCGAUUAUCCCAACGCCGAUUCAAUGCCGCAGGUGCAAGUCGCUCUCCGCGAUAUCGCUCGUGGCAAGACGGUCCGCAAGGGCGACGUCGUCUCGUACAUCAUCACGGGCGACCCUCAGAGCUCUGAACCGGCUCCAAAGCGGGCAUAUUCACCAGCUGACCUCAAGUCCGACUCAACGUUACAGCCCGAUGUAGAGUGGUAUCUGGGAAAGCAGAUAUUCCCUCCCGUCGAACGUCUAUGCGCCAACAUUGUUGGCACGUCCACAUCCCAACUCGCCGAGCAGCUUGGUCUAGACAUCCGCCGAUACAGCUCGAACCAGACACACAAUGGCGGUACCAGCAACGACAUGGAGAUCCAUCCCCUUGAGUCCCAGAUCCCGGACGAGGUGCGAUUUAGUGACUGCUCGAGACUAGCUUUGCGGUGCCGCAAGUGCAAGACGAGCUCAACCUUCGAGGGUCUCGUCACGUCCCCCGAUCGCGUGUCCGCUUCCGGCCUCGUCUGCGCGGCCUGUGGCUCUGUCAUUCCUCCGUUGUCCAUUGUGGCGCAGGUUGAGCAUGCGAUCCGCACCCAAACCUCUCGCUACUAUGAGGGCUGGCUCGUCUGUGACGAGGCCCAGUGCGGCAACCGUACCCGUCAAAUGAGCGUAUACGGCACCCGCUGCCUCGGUCCCAAGGGCCUCGCCCGGGAUUGCCUUGGACGCAUGCGAUAUGAGUACACCGAGAAGGCCAUUUACAACCAACUCGUCUACUUUGCCAGCCUUUGGGAUGUUGACAAAGCUCGUGCCAAGGCCGACGAUGCCAACAACGACCUGUCUAUAAAGGAUCGCGAGAACAUCCGAGCGCUAGCCGAGCACAACCGAAAGCGUUUUGGAACAGUCAAGAGCGUGGUGGACAAGUACCUGGACAAGUGUGGGCGACAGUGGGUGGCCAUGGACACGCUCUUUGCGAAGCUGGGCUUCAAUCAGUUGCUAGUUGCGGGCGCCUCAUGACCGAGACCCGGGGCCGGGAUCUUGUUGACCGUCGUGUUGAAGUGAGGUCAUGAGAAGUAGCGUAUUCUCAUAACGUGGGUCUUAAACUUGUUUGUGGAACUCUGGCAAGAUGGCCAGCUUGUUGCGUAGCAUCGAAAGGGUUUUUGGCGUUUAGGAGGGCAUCUGGGUACAUAAUGUGCUUUUCGAGAUGAGCAAAUACGACUGUAGUCAAACGCAUUCUUGCC